AUGGGUCCCCUGAGUUCUAUAAAUGGUGGAGGACGUUUGUAUCCCGAGAGACAGAAGUUCAAAGCGAUGAAGCCGGGAGACCUGGCCAGAUGGGGGAGGAGGGCCGAGAGGCUGUCCAAACUGUGUCUUGGGCCCCAGGGCCUCCACGCAGCAGCCGCUGUCAGCAAUUCAUGCGCCUCUGCCGCCACCUCUGCUUCCCCCUUACCCAAAUGUCCGCCAAGCUCCAUUAGAAGCAGCAGUAAUGCGAGACAUGCUGCCAAUGUCAUUAGCACGCUGAAGGCAGCCGGCUCUGCAGCCGUGACACAGAUCUCUGUGGCCCGCGUCAACCCUGUCUGUCGCUUGUGCGUUAUCUCUACCCUCAAGCAGUUCCUCCUGGUCUCCUUGACUGUGGCGACACUCCUGGGCAUCCUCUGUGCCAACGAAUCUCCUUCAGCCAGGUGCCGACAUCUGCACGACCAGCUGCCUCUUUACAAGCUUCGAACAAAAGUUGGCAAAGAACUCCGGAGCAAAUAUGAGAACCUGUUGAAGCAGCAGCCGUGGAAGAACUGUUCAGGCCCGCAUCUCCAGCCCAGCUGGACCCUGAGCAAUUUGAUGGGCUGGGACAAGCUGGAAGCCCUGGAGACGGUGGUGAACCUCUACACUAGAGUUCUGCAGAACUGCAGCCAGGACAUGGCAGACAAGAAGAUCUUUGAGCCGGUGCUGGAAACCUUGAUACCCCUUGGACACGAGUUCCAGGCCUGUAUCAGGAAGAAACCUGCAGGCCGCAAUGAGUCAGAAAACCUCAGCACAUUUAAGAAGGAGUUUCAGAAGUUUAAAGCCAGCAACGCAGAGCAAUCUCCAAAGUGCCUCGAAGCAGCUGUUGGCCUGGAUAUCCACCGCCUAUUGAAGACAGACAUCAAGCACCCACCUCGCCUGAUGUUCUAGCUACAGCCUGGCCUCGACUUUAUGCCAGAGCCCUCACCCCCCCUUCCCCCCCCCACACACACUUACUUCUACAUAACUAAGAAAUGACACUUGUCACAAUUAGAUUCUGCCUUUCCAGUUUCUCUUCAAAGCUGGUGGGGAGGAAGCUGGACUCCCAUUACAAUUUUAACUCUGAAACUGUCUUAAUGCCUCAGAUGCUGGAGCGCUGCACACUGGCCCUCCACACUGGCCCUGAGGCUGUCGUUGUUGCGGGA